AUGGAUAACAACAGAGAAAAAGAACGUGAUCGGUCGAGGCGGGGCGACAGGCCGUCUAGGUUUUCUGAUGCAUCUCGAGAUCGUUCUGGAGACAGAGACCGAUCAGAUUCCAAACGCUUGUUUGUAUCAAACAUACCGUAUGAAUUCCGUUGGACAGAGUUGAAGGACUUAUUCAAAGAGAAGGUAGGAGAUGUAGCCUAUGUAGAAUUGUUUAAUGAUGAAAAUGGAAAGCCCAGAGGAUGUGGUGUUGUUGAAUUUUCUAAUACUGAAGCUAUGAAAAAGGCUCUGUUUGUUAUGCAUAGAUAUGAACUUAACGGGAGAAAGCUGGUUUUAAGAGAGGAAACUGGUAAUGAAAGGAGUCGAAGUAAUGUCCCAAGAGCUGGUGGUGGCAGUGUAGGAGGGGGUGGCAGAAAUAUGAGAGAAGAUAAAGAUGGAUGGAAUAUGAACAAACCUCGGGAGCCAGAAAACUUCAAUACUUAUGGCCUGAGUUUGCAAUUCUUGGAAUCAAUCAAUGUUCAACCACCUCUAAUGAAGAAAGUCUUUGUAGCUAAUCUUGAUUACAAAGCAGAUAGGCAGAAAAUUAAGGAAGUUUUCAAAAUGGCAGGGAAAGUCCGGAACAUUGAUUUGGCUGUGGACAAAGAUGGAAAUAGUAGAGGAUUUGCUGUAAUUGAAUAUGAUCAUCCAGUUGAAGCUGUACAGGCAAUAUCAAUGUUCGACAAGCAAAUGCUGUACGAUAGAAGGAUGACUGUGCGUAUGGACAGAGGUACAGACAAAACCGAAUUACGACUACCAGAAGGCUUGAAAAGCAUAGGACUUGGACUGGGUCCCAAUGGUGAACCUUUAAAAGAUGUUGCUAGGAAUCUUCCACAACCUGCACCAGCAAACAAUCUACAGAAUCUUGCUAGUGCCGGUUCAACUUUAGGAGGUACCGUUUUGGGUGGAGUUCCGGCUGCUACGGUAGCAUUAAAUGGUCUAGGUCAGAGUCUUACGGCUAAUACUUUGGGUGCUAACUCUGCACUCAGUGGUGGUUUGAGUCUACAGGCUCUAGGUUUGACAGGACUUGGUGCAUUACAAAAUCAAUUGUUGCAACAAGGUAUCACUGCAAAUGACCUAGUAAGUUCAGUUUUAACGCAAGCUCAAGCAGCUAAUGUUAAUACAAACAAUUUGGCUAUGGGAGGAGGAGACAUGAGUGGCAAUGUCUUGGGCAAUCCUAAUAUGUCUAAUAAUGUAUUAGGCGGCAACAACAGUCUCAACAGUGGUCCCCUUUCAGGAACUAAUAGAUCCAUGCAACACAGCAAUGUACAGGUGAGCGGGCAAGGUUACGGACGUGACAAUACAGUGUCGACGCCCUCCCGAGAUAAACAAUCUGAUAUGGUCAUAAUCACAAAUUUACCACCAACCGUCACUUGGCAGUUAAUUCGUGAAAAGUUCAGUGAAUGCGGAGACGUGAAAUUCGCCGAGAUGACCGCUACUGAUACAGCUAUUGUGCGCUUCCAUAAAGAAUGGGACGCUGAGAGAGCAGUCAAAAUGUUUGACCGGACCAGAAUAGACGGCAGGACUAUCGACGUGAGAAUAAAGUGGUUGAAGCUUCUUGAGCGUCUUGUCGGUAUUCGAAGAAAGGAUUCGUGGAUCUGCCAUUCAAUGGUGUUGAUAAUGUUUAUGGUAACACAUUGCAAGUCUGAAAAGAAACUUGAGAUUAAAAGGUGUUCCGGGGAAAGUGAGGUAGACUGA